AGGACGAGGAGGAGGAUGAAGAAGGGCCGGGGCGCUUCGCGGCCGCGGGGACGAUCCCGCGGGAGAAGGUGGCCGUGCUGCUCUUGCGGGAGCUGUGGGCGGCGCGGCGGCUGGCCGCGGGCGGGGACGAGCUCGGGCCGGACUGGGCGGGCGCAGGCAAGGCGUCGACUACGACAAUCGGCGGCCUGCUCUCGGGCGACUGGCUCCGCGAGCUGCCCCCGGGCGGGUCCUACGUCUGGAUGCACGUGGACAGGGAGGCGCAGGCGUGCGUCAUCUCUCGGCUUGAGGAGGCACCAGCGCACCCUGGAACUCCGCGUGAGUUGGUCUCCCAUCGCAUCUCGCUGCUGGACGGCGCGCUUUCCAGCCUGGAGGAGGAGCUCGCGAGCAUCCGGGCGGAGAACCAGGGCGCGGUGAGGGCGCACUCCCAGCGGCCCGACUCCGACCGGCCGGAGCAGCGGGAGGCCUUCUGGAGUGAGCGCGAGCUCUUCGACGCCAGGGUGCGCCGCUUCGCGGCGCGGCUGGAGCAGGACCUCCUCGGCGAGCGGAGCUCCCUGCUCGGGGGCCAGCCUGCGGGCGCCGCCUCAAGGCCUGGCGCGCUCGUGCUCUUCCUGGACUCGUUCCUGGCGCAGCUGCCGCUGGAAGCGUGCCCCUGCCUCUGGGGCCGCGAGGUCGUCCGGGGCGCGGCUCCGAACGUCCUGCUCGCGCAGCUCGCGGAGGCUCGCCAGCGCGGCGCGGGGGAGGGCUCCUCGCACGGCGACGGCGCGCCCGGCCCAAGGGGCCCCAGGACGGGCUACUACGCCCUGAACCCGCUCGGGGGCACCGACAUCACCGGCAGGACGGUGCUCGAGCUCCUCCAGGGCUGGCGCGCGCCGCCGUCGUCCCCAGCGCCGUCCGGCUGGUCGGGGCGCGCGGGCGGCGCGUGCCCGAAGGCCCACGAGGUGCUGGGGGCCCUCGCCACGCACGACGCCUUCCUGUACAUGGGCCACGGGGAGACCGCCGGGCGCUUGCUGUGCCAGGGGCAGGUUGAGCUGGGGCCCACGUCGCUGCAGGCCGCCGCCAGGCGGGCGCAGGACCGCCCGCCCCGCGCCGCCGUGCUGCUCAUGGGCUGCAACACCGCCCGGCCCGCCGUGCCCGAGGGCCUGGAGCACGAGGCCUUCAGCCUGCCGCUCGCCCUCCUGGCGCAGGGGGUGCCGGCGGUGGUCGGCACCCUCUGGGACGUGCUCGGGGGCGACCUCGACAGGGUGGCGCGGGCGCUCCUGGAGCGCUGGGCGGGUCAGGCCGCGGGGCCCGGCGGCGGCGGGCCCAGCGCGCUGCCGCGCGCCACUCUCGCGGCGGCCCUGGCGGCGGCCCGCCCGGCGUGCCACCUGCCGCACCUCACGGGGGCCGCCGUGGUCUGCUACGCCGGCCCGAGCUGAGCCCCUGGCGCGCCG